AUCAUUCGAAAUUGAUUUAUAUAUAAAUACCUGAAAUCAUCAAAUCCUGUAUCUUCAAAAAUCCAUAGCUUCCGCCAUUUCUUCGUAGAUUCCUUCUCUCUCCCUCUUUUCAUUUUGUUUCCCUUUGACAAUUCUUUGUUUGGCUUUGGUAUCGGCUGGAAAACGGCAUAAGAACACACUGGGAAGAGUGUUUUCGUGUGUGUGUGUGUGAGAGGAAAAACCCUAGGUUCUCUUUGCCCUCUGUGUGUGUUUAUUUCGAAACUCCCCUGCUCCAUCGGAGACUUGAUUGAGUGUAGUUAAAAUGGCUAUGGAGAUCACUCAAUUUCUGCUGGCUGCCCAAUCAGCAGAUGCAAAAGUCCGGACUGAGGCAGAGACUAAUCUGAGGCAGUUCCAAGAACAGAACAUGCCUCUUUUCCUUCUUUCAUUGUCAGUUGAGCUUUCAAAUGAUGAGAAGCCUGUUGAGUCCCGUAGAUUGGCUGGUAUUGUGCUUAAGAAUUCGUUAGAUGCCAAAGAUGCUAUUAGGAAGGAACAACUUGUUCAACAAUGGAUGGCAAUCAAUGUUUCUAUUAAGUCUCAAAUCAAAGACUUUCUCUUGAAAACUCUUGGCUCAUCUGUUCCCGAAGCGAGGCACACUUCUGCUCAAGUUAUUGCAAAAAUUGCUUCAAUUGAGGUUCCUCGGAAGCAAUGGCCUGAACUGAUUGGGUCAUUGCUUAAUAAUAUGACCCAGCAAGACAAACCUGCUGCCCUGAAACAAGCUACCUUGGAAACACUGGGAUAUGUUUGUGAAGAGAUAUCUCAUCAGGACCUUGUUCAGGAUGAAGUCAAUGCUGUUCUCACUGCUGUUGUCCAAGGGAUGAAUCUAGCUGACCAUGGCCCUGAAGUUCGGCUUGCAGCAACCAAAGCUCUGUAUAAUGCUUUAGAAUUUGCACAGACCAACUUUGAGAACGAGAUGGAACGGAAUUAUAUCAUGAAGGUUGUAUGUGACACUGCCAUGUCCAAAGAGGUGGAAAUCAGGCAGGCUGCUUUUGAGUGUCUUGUUGCAAUAGCAUCAGCAUAUUAUGAGGUGCUGGAGCCUUACAUGCAAACCCUAUUUCAGCUUACAUCAAAUGUUGUAAAAAGCGAUGAAGAGACAGUAGCACUCCAAGCAAUUGAAUUUUGGAGCUCUAUCUGUGAUGAAGAGAUUGAGCUUCAGGAGUUUGAGAGUCCUGAAAGUGGUGAUUCUGGACCUCCCCAUUCUUGUUUCAUAGAGAAGGCUUUAUCGUCUCUUGUUCCUUUGUUGUUGGAAACUUUGCUGAAGCAGGAAGAGGAUCAGGACCAGGAUGAUACAAUCUGGAACAUAUCAAUGGCAGGUGGGACUUGUCUAGGUCUUGUUGCCAGAACAGUUGGUGAUGCUAUAGUGCCUCUUGUGAUGCCAUUUGUGGAAUCUAACAUUGUGAAGCCAGAUUGGCAUUGUAGAGAGGCUGCCACUUAUGCAUUUGGAUCUAUUCUUGAAGGCCCAUCUGUUGAGAAGCUGUCCCCUCUCGUACAGGCGGGUCUGGAGUUUUUGCUUAAUGCUAUGAAGGAUGGGAACAACCAAGUGAAGGACACUACAGCUUGGACUCUUAGUCGUAUUUUUGAGUUACUGCACAGUCCAGCUAACGGUUUUUCUGUCAUUUCUCCUGAGAAUCUCGAAAGAGUUUUGGCUGUGUUGUUGGAGAGCAUUAAGGAUGCUCCCAAUGUAGCUGAGAAAGUUUGUGGGGCAAUCUAUUACCUUGCCCAAGGCUAUGAGGAAGCAGGACCAAGCUCCUCUCUUCUUUCACCAUAUCUCACUGAAAUAAUUAGCUGUCUAAUUACAACUGCUGAUCGGACAGAUGGGGGUGACUCCAAGCUCAGGUCUUCUGCUUAUGAAACCUUGAAUGAAGUUGUCAGAUGUUCCAACAUUGCAGAAACAUCUUCCAUCAUAGCACAGCUAUUACCGGUAAUUAUGAGUAAGUUGGGCCAGACUAUGGAUAUUCAGAUUGUGUCAUCGGAUGAUAGGGAAAAGCAAGGGGACUUGCAAGCUUCUCUUUGUGGUGUUCUACAGGUUAUCAUCCAGAAAUUUAGCAGCACAGAUGAAACCAAGCCCAUCAUACUUCAGGCUGCGAAUCAGAUCAUGCUUCUGUUCCUAAAGGUGUUUGGUUGCCGUAGCUCUACUGUUCACGAGGAAGCAAUGCUUGCAAUAGGUGCUCUUGCUUAUGCAACUGGAUCUCAGUUUGAGAAGUAUAUGCCUGAGUUCUACAAGUAUCUUGAGAUGGGAUUGCAGAAUUUUGAGGAAUACCAGGUAUGUGGAAUCACAGUUGGGGUUGUUGGUGACAUCUGCCGUUCCUUAGAUGACAAGAUCUUACCUUAUUGUGAUGGCAUAAUGGGUCUUCUUCUAAAGGAUCUUGCUAGUUCAGAACUUCAUCGGUCUGUAAAGCCUCCCAUAUUCUCUUGCUUUGGGGACAUUGCUCUUGCAAUAGGAGAGCACUUUGAGAAGUAUGUCCCCUAUGCUUUACCCAUGAUGCAGGGUGCAGCCGAAAUCUGUGCUAAGAUGGAAACUUCUGACGAGGAGAUGGUCGAUUAUGGCAACCAGCUCAGGCGUAGUAUUUUUGAAGCUUAUUCUGGUAUCCUUCAAGGUUUUAAGACUGUGAAACCUGAGGUGAUGGUGCCGUAUGCUCAACAUCUUUUAAAGUUCAUAGAAUUGGUCUCUAGAGACAGUGAAAGGGAUGAAAGUGUGACAAAAGCUGCGGUAGCUGUUAUGGGUGAUCUAGCAGAUGCUCUUGGCUCCAACAUAAAGCUCAUGCUGAAAGAAUCUGCAUUUUAUGAUGAAUUUCUCGGCGAAUGCCUCCAAUCCGAUGAUGAGCAGCUCAAGGAGACAGCAGGAUGGACCCAGGGUAUGAUUCAACGAGUCAUGGUUUUAUGAGCUGAUUUUUAGUCCUCGAGGUAAAGUCGUCAUCUGAGUCCGUCGUUUGUUACAAAGUGUCUUUUGUUCUAGUUCUGGUAAAGGUUUUGAAAAGGGUGAGGAUCCGAAAGGGGGUUACUACUGCAUUUAUUGCAUUUAUUAUUACGAAUUUGGGUUUUGAAUUUGUCGAAGGGUUUUCUUAAUCCUAAUGUGAUUGGUUUGGGGCAUAUGUCAAAAACAGUUUAUCUAAUGCAUCCUAUCAAUCGGUGGUUUGAUGAGUUAA